AACUAUAAAAAAAAGUUAACAUUUUAUUUCAUCUCAUAAACAACAAUCUACUUACCUUUUAGUUUCCUCAAAAAAAAACUUUUCCCAAGUUAAUUAGUACAUAUACAUUUGCCACUUUUUAUUCUUCAUGGCUUCUCUAUUAUUUUCUCCUAACGUUCCUAAUGUCACGUUAGUAGAACAACCUUCCCUCCAACACUUCUCUCAAACAUUUUCAAGUAAAUCAUUUCGUACAUCUAAGUCGAGUCGAGUAACACCAAGCGCGUUAGUGCAUAGAUCGUCACCUUUGGUGACGACUAUGGGGGAAGAGAGAGAAAAUGAAUUUUUAAUUCGAGAGCAGAAGCCGGAACCUCAAGAGGAUCCGAGGCUUCUGCGAGAAAUAUGGAGGGAUAUUCAAGGACGUAACGAUUGGGAAGGGUUGUUAGACCCUAUGAACUCUCAUCUUAGACGUGAAGUGCUCCGAUAUGGGGAGUUUGCUCAAUCAUGUUACGACUCUUUUGAUUUUGAUCCUCACUCUAGGUAUUGUGGGUCUUGCAAGUAUCCUCGUGCUGAAUUCUUUGAGAAGAUGGAUAUGUCGCACUAUGGCUAUGAUAUUUGCCGAUACCUCUAUGCAACCUCAAACAUCAACCUAGAGAAAUUCUUCCAAAAAUCAUCAAGCAUUAGAAGCAUAUGGAGCCCUCAUGCAAAUUGGAUGGGCUAUGUUGCAGUCACAAGUGAUGAAGAAGAGAUCAAAAGACUUGGAAGAAGAGACAUACUCAUAACAUGGCGAGGAACAGUCACAUACUUAGAAUGGAUACAUGACCUUAAGAACAUACUUCGACCAGCACAUUUUAGAGAUAAUCCUCACAUCCAAAUUGAAUCAGGUUUCUAUGAUCUAUACACCACCAAAGAAGAAAAUUGCAAGUAUUGCUCAUUUUCAGCUAGAGAGCAAGUCUUAGCUGAGGUUAAACGACUAGUAGAACGAUUCAGGCAAAAAUUAAGCAUAACAGUUACAGGCCACAGCUGGGGCGCGCUUGCGCUCUUAUGUGCCUAUGACAUAGCCGAGAUGAGCCUUAAUAUAGGUCGAGAUGAAAAGAAUCACCUCAAAAAAUUACCUAUUACAGUAUUUUCUUUUGCAAGUCCUAGAGUUGGAAAUCUUAAGUUUAAGGAAAGAUGUGAUGAAUUAGGAGUUAAACAAUUGAGGAUUAUUAAUGUUCAUGAUAGAAUCCCAACUAUGCCUGGACUUAUAGCAAAUGAGAAGAACAAAUUGCAAAAGUAUCUUGAAGAUAAGGUUCAUUUUCCUUGGAGUUAUGCACAUGUUGGUAAUGAACUUGCAUUGAAUCAUACACAUUCACCUUUUCUUAAGCCAGCAACAGAUUUAAGUUGUGCACAUAAUCUUGAGGCUCAUUUACAUCUUAUUGAUGGUUAUCAUGGAAAAGGAAGAAAAUUUAGUUUGGUUACUAAGAGGGAUAUUGCAUUAGUUAAUAAGGACUCUAAUUUUUUGAAGAAUGAGUAUGAGGUACCUCCUAGAUGGAGGCAAGACUAUAAUAAGGGAAUGGUGCGCAAUAGUGAAGGUCGAUGGGUGGUGCCUGAUCGUGCUAGGGUUGAGCACCACCCACCGGAUACAGCCCACCAUUUCGCGCUUGCGAUGAAGGUGGCUCAUGAUCCACAUUCAAUCGUCGAGGGCUAGGAAAUGGUGGUAUGUACAACAUAGUGUACAAUGGGAGAAGCUAGAUGAAGAACCUUUCCAAGGGUGUGUGUAUAUAUAUAUCGUUGUAUUUCAGGUUUUGAUGAUGUCAAAUAAUUAGAUAGUAAUAAUAUGAUUUUAUUUUAGAAAAUUGUAAAAACACUUGAAAUAAUGUAAUGUUUAUUGACUAUAUCUUGUAGAGAAAGAUUUUAUAAUUUAA